UCCGGCAGAAAGACCCAGGGACGAGAGUGUGAAGUCAGGCCUCACAGGGGCAAGAAGAAAGCCAUCCAAAGCCAGCUGGUCUGGCUUUGAGGAAAACAAGGGAGACAGAAAGCAAGAGAGAGAGAGAGAACGUGAGAGAGGAAGGCAGACAAAAAGAGAGACAGAGAACGAGGGAAAUAAUUAGGGUAAUACAAGGGAAAUUAGGAAACUAAGAGAGGCACAUCUGAGAAAAAUACCUGAGGAAGGCAUUAGCAGCAGGUUCUGUGAAAGUAAUUGAUCAUCACAAGAAACAGGGCAUUUUACCCGAGGAGGAGAAAGCACCAGGAAGCUCCAAGUAGAGAGAAGCACUGAAAGCAAAAGAAGAAAGAACGUGAAUAAGACUUGAGCUGGAUAUUUGGGUCCAGGACUGAGAAUUGUGCUGCUUCAUUUGUUAGGAUCGUGGUGUGGACACCUGAAGAAAAAGACGCAGAAAGAAAAAGAGUGUGAGAGAAAGACUCGAGAAGAGAGAGUGGAGUACAAUGUGCUAGGGGAGUGAAGGCAGACAAACUCUCGCGUUUUUCUGAUAUUCUCGGAGUGUCAGAGAGACCAAGCAGGACGCCAAGAUGGGACGGAAGAAGAUACAGAUCACACGGAUCAUGGAUGAGAGGAACCGACAGGUUACCUUCACAAAACGGAAGUUUGGUUUGAUGAAGAAAGCUUAUGAGCUCAGCGUAUUGUGUGACUGUGAGAUCGCCCUGAUCAUAUUCAACAGCUCAAACAAACUCUUUCAGUAUGCCAGCACUGACAUGGACAAAGUCCUACUUAAGUACACAGAAUACAACGAACCCCACGAGAGCAGAACCAACUCUGACAUUGUAGAGAAAUUAAGAAACAAAGGCCAUAAUGACUGUGCCAGUCCUGACCCAGAUGACUGUUUCGGUCACAGUCCCCUCAUGGACGAUCGUUUCGGCAAACUAAACGAAGAGAGUGAUUUAAUGUACAAGCGCUGUGGUGCGCUUAACAAGAAAGAACACAGAGGCUGUGAUAGCCCGGAUCCUGACGCCUCAUAUGUCCUCACCCCUCACACAGAAGAAAAAUAUAAAAAAAUUAAUGAGGAGUUUGAUAAUAUGAUGCGAAAUCAUAAAAUCCCGACGGCCUUGCCCCCGCAGAACUUCUCCAUGCAUGUGGCUGUGCCAGUGACGAACCCCAACGCCAUGUCCUACAACCCCGGGGCCUCUCUGAGCAGCCAGAGCCUGUCGGCCGCCACUGCCUCUCUGAGUGACAGUGCCAUGCUGUCUCCUCCUCAGGGUUCACUGCACAGAAACUUAGUGUCUGCUGGGCCCCCACAGAGGCCCCCCAGCACAGGCAGCGCAGCAGGAAACGGCUUCGUUAACCCGAGGGGCUCGCCGGGGCUUCUGGGUACAUCCAGCGGGAACGGGCUUGGUAAAGUCAUGCCUGCGAAGUCAUCGCCACCACAGGGGGUCAACAUGGGCAUCGGUAGCCGCAAGCCAGACUUAAGAGUCGUCAUCCCCCCAUCCAGCAAGGGCAUGAUGCCACCCCUGCAGUCGGAGGAGGAAGAGAUGGAGUUGAACACCCACAGGAUAAGCAGUGCCCAGUCAACCCAGCCUCUGGCCACACCGGUGGUCUCCAUCACCACCCCGAGUCUGCCACCACAAGGCCUGGUCUACUCAGGCAUGCCCACUGCCUACAACUCUGAAUACUCCCUGAGCAGUGCCGAGCUCUCCUCUCUGCAAGGCUUUGGCUCUCCAGGGCUCUCUAUAGGCUCAAUGUCGGCAUGGCAACAGCAUCAACUGGGCCAGGCAGCCCUCAGCUCGCUGGUAGGUGGGGGCCACUUACCUCAGGGCUCAAAUCUCUCCAUCAACACAAGCCAGAAUGUCAACAUUAAAUCCGAGCCCAUCUCUCCUCCCCGCGAUCGCAUGACCCCGUCUGGUUUCCCACCCCAGCAGCAGCAGCAGCAGCAGCAGCCUCCCUCCGGCCGUCCAGACAUGGGCCGUUCACCUGUCGACAGCCUCAGCUCCUCCUGCUCCUCGUACGACGGAAGCGACCGAGAGGAUCACCGGCACGAUUUCCACUCCCCACUCGGCCUGGGUCGGCCCCCCGCCUCCGGGGCCAAAGAGAGGGAGAGCCCCACAGUCAAGCGCAUGCGCAUGGACGCCUGGGUGACAUAGAGCUGUCCAGAGCCUGACAGCCAGUCAGUCAGUCACACGCAGGGCUGGGCGGGGGGAAAGGGAGAGAGGAGUGACAGCAGGGAGGGUCAUUAUUGUUAUUAUUCUAUUGUUAUAAUUUAACGUCAUUUCACUUUUUUUUUGUAAGUAGGUGGAUUGGGAAGGAAAUCGAAAAUGUCCUGACAUAUCGAAAUUAAGCAGAUGAGUGGAGAGAGAGGGAAAUUCACCAAUGAAUGGUGUACUAAAAAAAAAAAAAAAACAAGAAAAAAAAAAUGGUGUUAUCAGGUACUUGAUGCAAAUUGCAUUGUGCAAGAGUCCAAUGUAUGAGGAAUUUUUUUUGCCAUCACUGGUGCAGUUUGACACUUGUAGCUGUUUUCGCUGUUGAAUUUUGCAAACAAUCACAGAAAGUUUAGGGGCGGCUUUCUUUCUGAAGGCUCCUGCCUGCUGGGCUCAUGUAUUAAACAAUCUGUAUCUGCACUCGCCCUUAUAUGAAGUAUGUCACUUAUUAAUUUAUUUGAAGGUAUUUGAUGAUAAAUUCGGAUCAGUUUUACGACGGAGGGUUUGUAUCUAAAAUGAGAUCACAUUUCACCUCAGUUCAGACAUUAAGUGAAAGAAAUGAAAAUGUCUCUAAAUUAAUAAUAGUCGCUGAUUAAAUUUUCAGUCCUUUUAUUUGCGUUUUUAACAAAUUGGAAAAGAAGAGGUAGCCCAGUCGACUUCGAGAUGAUAGCAAGUCAUUGUACAUUCAUGCAGCUCCAACAACUCAAUGGUAACGCAAGCCAAAGCCUCUAUGUAAUUUUGUCGUACUGUAGGUUGGGAAUUUUCAGCAUUUCUCUCUCGAUGUUUGUUUCAUAUUAGUUCUGUCAUAGUGUGCAUUGUUACAAGCAUUGGAAAACGAUUAACAUGCAAAGCAGAUCUUGAAACGAUAUCUAAAGCCAUGAACACUCGCUGUUCUGUUUGUAAAUUAAAGAUUUGAGCCAAACCUUUUUUUCUUUUGUUAAUGUACAUAGCGACUUUAAUAUAUAUCACCUUUGGUGUGAGUACGUAUGUAUUGUACCUUCACCAGAUUCAAGAAAAAAAGUAUAUUUUUGUGGAUUACUGCCAAGUUUACAAGGCAAGAUCCUUAUUAAGUAGAGUAUUCACUGGUUAAUAUUUACUAUUUUGUUAUUAACUAUACUGUACUUUCUUCAAAUCUGACUAUUAUUGGUAAUAAUCAAAGUGUUUUUUUGUUUAGUUUUUUUCCUUUCCAUGAAGGUCGUUUUUUGGGUCGUUUACCCUUUAAUGGUGGUGAAUGUCUGUCCAUAAGAAAUUGUAACAAUAGAGCUGUAUGAUUCGAGCUCAGCUGUCUUUAUUUUGUUUUGUAAUGAUACUUGUCAUGCUAAGAAAAAACUAUGAUUGCAUUUCUUACAACUGUUUUGUGAGGGAUUAUCCUGCAGCUGCUGAAUACACUGCCUACUUUAACCCAUCACAGCUUAGAUGCACUAUUCAUUGAAAUCCAGUAAAAAGACAUUUCUCUUUACAGUCAUUACCCGUUUGUCAAAAAUUCAUUUCAACCAGAUCCCUCAUAUAUUGUAAAUACCAUAACUUUAGGUAACCCUAAUACACACAUGCAUAUAUGUACAGAAUACCUUUCCAGUUAUUUUGUGAAUUGGCUCAUCUCCAGAUUUCCUAAUGUAAAGUAGACACCUAAAGGAGGCAUCAAUCGCAGUGUUCUGUAUUGCUGGACAAGAGUGGGUGCUGUAGCUCUCUCCGCUCUCGCGUUUUGCUCUGUGUGUGCAUUUCUCUUCAUGUGUGGCUGUUUGUUUGCGUGGCACAAACGUCUGGUAGCAGUGGCCUCCGGCUUGCAUCACACCUCACUGCCCCUCAGGUGGCAAAGUGUCAGGGGAUUCAGCAGCUAAAGAUGGAAAUACUAGACAAUGCAAACUGACUUGGACUUGAUCUCUCUUACUGGAUUGCACAAAAAGUUUGUAUGUUCAAGUUUGCUAUUGGACGCUUUCCUCUUUAGAUUUGUUAUGUAUUGUUAAUGAGCACCACAGCAACUGGCAAUAAGCUGAUAUUAAUCUAUGCAGUCCCCAACCCAUACACAGCCAGGAACACAAAGCAUUCACAUUAAAAGUGGAAUUUUUAAAGGGAUAGUUCACACAAAUAUGAGAAUUCUGUCAUUUACACACCUUUGAGUUCCAAACCCGAAUUUCUUUCAUCUACUGAACACAAAAGACAUUUUGAAGAAUGCAUGUAUCCAAACAGUUAAAGGUAACCAUUGACUUCCAUUCUAUUUAUUUUCCAUACUAUGGAAGUCAGUGGGGACUAUUAACUGUUUGGUUACCCACAUUCUUCAACAUAUUUUAAGUGCAACAGAAGAAAGAAAUUAAUACACAAAUAACUUAAGGCUAAGUGUGAACUAUCUCUUUAAUGAUUAAAAAUUAUAAUAAAUUGAGAGGAAAAAAUAAAAAUAAAUCAUGCAUAUUAUACUAUCACAUGUCCAUUAAUUACACAAUGUUGCCUAGUUCAUAAAUAAAGUCCUCUUUAUUGAGCAGGUGAGAAAAUGACUGUUAACCCUUUGUCCUUAAGUGCUUGCAUAUUAAAGUGAUAGUUCACCCCAAAAUGAAAAUUCUGUCAAUAUUUACUGUAUUUUCUGGACUAUAAGUCACACUUAUUUAUCUAAAUUAAUUUGACAUGAACUGGUUCUUGUUUCUAAAUAAAUGCGACUUAAAUAUGUUUUUUUUCCUCAUCAUGACGUAUUUUUGGACUGAUGCGACUUAUACUCAGGUGCGACUUAUAGUCCAAAAAAUACUGUACUCAGUCGUUCCAAACUUGUUUGACUUUAUUUAAAUUUUGGAACAGAAUAGAAACAACAUUGGACCACAUUGAUGUUCGCUAAAUAAAACAUUAAUACUGGUUUUAAACAAAAUGAGGAUGACCUAAUACCCAUUUUUAGGUGAACUAUUAUUUUACAGUUAUGUAUAAAGGCACACUGACUACAUAAGAAAACCACAAGAACCAUGCAAACACUGCUUUAGGUAUAGCUUUAGAUAUAAUCUCAGAUGUACAAGCUUUGUUGUCUCAGCUGAACUGAAACACCCAUUAGAAAGUUUCACGAGGUCUUUCAAAAUCAUUUAAAGUUGAUUGCAAUCAAAGCUCUUCAGGGUAGACAAGCAAUAAUGCAAGCCCAGUGUCAUGAAAGCACUGUGGACUAAAAACAUGCAGGAUUUCCAAACUGCAAUGAAUGCACACACAAACGCUCAACAUUAGUGCUUGAUUAGGAAUCAGGGAGUUUCUCUGCUACAUGCACAAUUAGAGCCUUAUUCCAAAGAGUUGCUGGUGUUCCGAAUCAAAUAUGAUAUCACUCAUCACAUUUUGACUUCAUCGAAACAAAAUCACCCUCACAUCAGGGCUCCCAUGAAUGCACAUGAGAAAUACAUAAAAGAUCUGAAGAGAGGAGGCUGUUCCUUUGGUGCGGUGUGCUGUGCCACAAACUGUUGAAUGUGAAAGGAAGGGAUAAAAAGGAAACAAUUGUUUGUUGUGUACUUUCUUCACUUUCCUGCGCAAGAGUACACUGCUUUGCUUUAUGGCUUUUUCUAAAUCAGAAUUAUGUAUUUGGUAAUUGUUUGUAGUUACUAGUUCACUUCAAGAAGCUGUUUGCGGUUUGGAUGCUCAAACCGUUUGGCGGCACAAGCUGGACUUUGUUGCCAUAACUGAAACAAAGAAGAAGAAAAAAGACAACAACAACAAAAAAAAGAGUAAAACAUGAGAGAGAACUUUAAGAUAAUCUGCAUUAUAUUUCCCUUGAAUGUGUUGUUUUAUCUUCAUUAUACAAUAAAUAUUCUAGUGAACUUUUUAUUGAAUGACUAAGAUAUUAUGCUAGAGAUUGUUGUACAAAUUUGUAUUAUGCAUUCACUAAAGUAAAGAUAUUGGCUUUUAUUGUGUAACAUAGGUUCUCUCGCUUAUUCUGUGCAAACUGAAGUGAACGGUUCUCUGAAUCUGAGUAGACUUUGUCCACAUGUGAAGUCCCAAACAAUAGAAUCUGUCCGCUUGAUUAAAAACCUCAUUGUACCCUCAAA